AAAUUGAACCUGGCAACCUGCAUUUAAUCUGUCACACAUUUUGUCAUUGGGCAGGACAACAUCAAUUCAUGUUAGUAACAAUAUUCUACGCAAGGUCACCUAACAGCAGAAGGCAUGGGCUCAGGAGAGAGUACGACCCGGAAAGUGUCUUUCGGUGUCGAUGAUGAGGACCGAGUCAGGAUUCUUCGUGGUGUCAAGCUGUCAGAAGAUGUUCUCCAGAGGAUGAGAGGAGUAGCCAACAUCGCUCCAGAACGCCCAACCUCACCAACCUCACCAACCUCAAGCCCUCAGAAAGACACAGGUGCCUCUCGCAGCGCUAGCUCAAGCCCCCCUCCCCAGCAGAGCCCCAAGAAGCAGGCCCAGCCCGGCCCCCAGCCCAGCCCCCACAAACCUGCCUCCUACGCUAAGGAAGAGCAGAAAAGGUAUGAACGGCAGCAGGCUGCACUGAAAGCGGAACAGGCCAAAGUGGAGAAAAGAGAGAAAGAAUCAGCAAGAGAGGAGAUGACCAAAGCCUUGACGCAGAAACGCAUGGAAGCUGAGCACGCCCAAAAACUGGCUCAGCAGCUACAGAAGAAAGAUGCUCAGCUGAAAGCGUUGGAUGCUUUCUACAAGGAGCAGAUGGCACAACUGGAGAAGAGGAAUUCAGAAAAAUACAUACAGAGCAAGGAGGAAUUCCACAGUGCUGCCUCCAAGACGGAAGCAAACGUGAGGUCUCGCAAUAUGAACCCGGUGUGUUCUGGCCUGCAGGCUCAGAUUCUAUCCUGCUACAGGGAUAACGGAGACCAGACCCUAAGGUGUUCCGACCUGGCCAAACAAUACAUGCAGUGUAUCAAUGCGGCAAAGAAGAACCUGCUGGUCAAUCACGGAUGAAGAGUGGCAGGAAAAGGGUCAAAGUCUUAUUGACGUAGGCUUUCACUUUUGCACUAGGAGCGGCACUUGUCGCUUUCCUGUUUGGAAUUAUGAGAGAGAUUUGCUGUUAGCAUGCCAUGUUUUAAAAGAAAAAAAGUUCUUAUUAUGCGAUGUAUCUGCGGUAUCAUCCGGUAAAGUUGCGUUAUUAUUCUGCACUGUUAUAUUCUGCAGGGAAAGCUUUUCGAAAGAGAAAUUAGUGAGUAUUAGAUUUAUGGUCGGAGUCGGUACACUUUCAAUUCAGUCAUUCACAAGAUCAGCGGAAAGUAUUUCUGAGAUUUGUGCUGUGAAGAUCAUUCAGGGUCAACGCUCCAUCAUCUGAAUGUGAGAUUCAGUGUUCGUCCAAACCUCUGCUUCCUUUGUCGGUAUGAAAAGGAAGGAAAUUAUUUCAGGUGUGAGAUGAAGAGUGCAUAGGGACCGUCCUUGUUUCGAUUUUUGACUGAAGAAGAAGAACUGAUUCGGUUUUAUUGCUUUUGAGUUUUUUGGUUUUAUAUUUUUUUAACAACACAGGAAUAAGCUCAGGUAAUCCUGGCCAUGACUUAAAUCCACCAAACCUGUGAUGUAUUGUAUGAUUUUAUUAAACCAUUCAUAUCCGG